CUUGUCUUCCCCCAAAUCUCUCUCUUUCUUCACUCCUUUCACUUCCACUCUCUCUUCUCAAUCUUCAUCAUUCCAAUCCCCUCAAACCCUAAUUUCUCCAUCCUCCAUUAAUGGUGAUUUUGCUGUAAAACACUACAAAUUACACAUAUUUUCAAGAAAAUAUGUUCAGAUUAUCCAUAGUUAUCCCUUCUCUUACUCUCCUCAUUUCUGUUCCUAUUCUCUUCUUAUUAGCACCAAAAAUCCUCCUACCUCGCCAAAUCUCCAUUUCUAUACCUGAUGAACUCGACGAUCUUUCCCUCUUCCACAAAGCAAUUGCUGCUGAAACAACUUUCCCUAAACACCCAUCACACAAGCUCCGUCUUGGAUCCACUACUGUUCGUCCACCCAAAAUCGCAUUUAUGUUCUUAACGAAUUCAGAUUUACAGUUUUCCGCAAUUUGGGAAAAGUUCUUUAAUGGUACUAAACCUGUAGAUCCACAUCUUUACAACAUUUACAUACACGCUGACCCAUCUAUCAAGAUUUCACCAUUAAUGGGUGUUUUCAAAGACCGAUUUAUUCCGGCGAAGAGAACUCAACGUUCGUCGCCGACUCUCAUCUCCGCUGCCCGGAGAUUACUUGCUCAUGCUUUACUUGACGACCCAUCGAAUUCGUAUUUUGCUCUUAUCUCACAACAUUGUAUCCCUUUACACUCGUUUAAUUAUAUUUACAAUUUUUUACUUGAUACCCAGAAAUUGUCGAGGAAAAUGGAGUUUCCUAGUUAUAUUGAGAUUCUUGAUGAAUCUGAUUCGUUAUUGGAUAGGUAUAAUGCUAGAGGAGAGAAUUUGAUGGAACCUGAGGUGAAAUUUGAGGAAUUUAAAGUUGGGUCGCAGUUUUUUGUGUUAACAAGAAAACAUUCUUUAAUGGUGAUUAAAGAUAGGAAGUUAUGGAGGAAAUUUAGAAAACCAUGUAUAAAUGCUGAGUCUUGUUAUCCAGAAGAGCAUUAUUUUCCAACUUUGUUAUCAAUGGAGGAUCCAAAAGGGUGUACUAAGUAUACAUUAACAAAUGUGAAUUGGACUGAUACAGUUGAUGGUCAUCCUCAUACUUAUCAUCCUUCUGAAGUUUCUUCACAGCUGAUUUAUGAUCUCAGAAAGUCAAAUUCUACAUAUUCUUAUAUGUUUGCAAGGAAAUUCUCACCUGAUUGCUUGAACCCUUUGAUGGAAAUGGCAGAUUCAGUCAUUUUCAAGGACUAGUUCUUGUUUGUUCACAAGGUGAUGAUGAAGGAGUGAAGACAAAUCAAAGGCAAAAACUUUGAUGAUGUUUGUGAAGACAAAAAAAAAUUGGUUGUUGUGUAGGAAGUAACACGUGUGGGAAUAAGGUUUUAUGAAGGGUUUGUUAAAAACAACAAUGCCCUCAAACCAAGUAAAUCCCAAAAGGAAAGUAUCCAACUCAAAGCUUGGAUGAGCUUUCAAAGAAAGCAAUGGAAAGCUAGUUUUAGUAGUAGUUCAAAGAGGUAUUGUUGAGGUGGUAAUUUAAUGAUGUAACGUCUUAAUGGUAGCUUCUAAUAUUCAUUUGGUGUUUUUGUGUGUGUUGGUUCUCUAUAUUGCUUGGACUUUUCAAAAAUACCGCCCGGAGUGUAACUGAUCUUCUGAAAGCUUUGCAUUUUUGGAAGAUCUGACACGUAUGCGGCAACAGUUUUGGAGUCUUCAAGCAAUAUGAGUUCUUGUACAUAUAUGCUAAGUAUAUAUGUGUUUUAGAUGAAUUAUUAUGAGGGGAGUGAUUGAAGGAUUGUUAAGUAUAUAGCCUUGAACAAAAUCAAGAAAAGUGCUAUACUCAUAUUUGCUUUUUUCCACUACUUGUGGAAAUGGAUCAUUGUAUCAAUUGGAUUUACUAUCCAUUGUUCUAAAUGAAUUAAGAGAAUUCUCUAUUUAUGCCCUCUC